GCCUGCUUGCCACGCGUCAGUCAGUGUAGAUUAUUUUAUAUUUUCUGGGAUUUUUGCGAGCAAAGCAACAGAAAUAAAUUUGUAAAUUUUAAUAAAACAUUGAAAAUGACGCUUUACGCAGUUGUGAGUAAAUUCCAGCAAGACUACGUAAAGAAUACGCCAAAGAAACUGAAGAUUAUUGAUUCCUACCUGCUGUACGUGUUUUUGACGGGUGUCAUUCAAUUCGUUUACUGUUGCCUCGUUGGCACUUUUCCCUUCAACAGUUUUCUGAGUGGAUUUAUUUCAUCUGUUUCCUGUUUCAUUCUUGGCGUUUGUCUCCGGCUUCAAGUUAAUCCGCAAAAUAAGAGUCAGUUUCAUGGAAUCAGUCCCGAGAGAGGAUUUGCUGAUUUUAUUUUUGCGCACAUUAUUCUUCACCUCGUAGUCAUGAAUUUUAUUGGAUAAAAAAUUGUUUCAAAGUUUUCACUAUAUAUUAAAUUUUUUCAGGCCAA